ACGGACAUCCACAGUCCAAGCAACAUCCAUCUAAUGCUGCGGGGCUGCAUAGGCUGCUCGUCAUUCUUUUUAUGUGAAUAACACAUCAGGCGUUGCUGUGUUACAACACCUUUGUUGUCUGCAUUCCACCAUGACAAACUACCAGACAGACACUCCUGCCAAGGUGACAGGGCCGGUCUUCAUCGGCGUCCUUUGGGGUGCAACCGGGCUGUCGUUUCUGUUCGUUUUGGCGCGCACGCUCGCUCGUAUCUAUGCCUUCCGACGUCUCUGGCUCGACGAUGCCUUCGCCAUCGGCGCAUGGCUGAUGCUGCUGGUCCAGGCGAUCACUUGGCAGACCCAGGUGGAUUCGAUGUACCUUCUCUUUCAGUUAGAUGCUGGCAAGCUCAUGCCGACGCCCGAGAUCCUGAAUCGCCUGGCACAACUGGAGCGGGCCGAGUGCGCCAUUCUGAUCCUGUUCUACUCGUCUUUGUGGUCGAUCAAAACCUCGUUCCUGAUCUUCUUCCGUCGCAUCGGAGGUACGGAUCGCUCGUGGAUCAUCUGGUUCUGGUGUGUGGUUGGCUUUGUCGCUGCGGCGUAUUUCGUCUGCAUAGGGGACAUUCAGUAUCCCUGUCUACUGAGAGAUCAAGCCUAUAUCCUGGAAAACUGCCCGAAAAAAGCAGCCGUUCUGUUCCAAUACAAUACAUUCAUCAUCAACCUCGUGUUGGAUGUCCUCACUGAUCUCACCAUCAUCAGCCUCCCAAUCACCCUGUUAUGGAACGUCCGACUUCCCAUCCGCCACAAGAUGAUUCUGAUGAGUAUCCUCUCGUUGGCGGUGCUCAUCAUCAUCGUGGCGAUCGUGCGAGUCGCUGUCGUUGCCACAAAGGAGAAGAACUCCGACAUGUCCUGGCUGUGGAUGUGGAGUUUUAUCGAAGCCACCGUCGCCAAUAUCAUCGCAUGCGUUGGCUCCUUCCGCCAGCUCUUCGUGAAACAGGACAAGAAUCGCGCUUCAGCGUAUCCAGGACGUUUUCAUGCAGAGUACCCAUCCGUGGAUGCUAAGCCGGGGUUCCAGCGUGUUCGCACCCGGUCGGAGGGCAGCUCCGAUCUCCAUCUUAAUUCCUAUGAUAGUCACCGCGAGCUCACCCCUGUUGUAUAAUGGCUCAUGUCGUCGGUGUUAAAUUUUAGCGUGUCUCGUAAUUUUCUUAUACCCCCUGUAUAUCACGUUUGGUUAUACGAUGCAAUGUUUUUAUGUUAAAAAUGAUAUUGUUCCAAGUUCUGUGUCGCAAUGUGUCAACGCCCGAUGAUCUU